AUGCCCAGCGGUGAUGCCAUCACCAUUGCCUCGGCGGCCUUCCUGGCCGUCGGAGGUUUCCUCUUCGGCUACGACUCGGGCAUCAUCAGCUCCACCAUUGCUCUUCCACACUUCAAGCAAUACUUUGAUUCUCCUAGCGAUGACACUGCUGGAGGCAUUGUCAGUUCUUUUCAGGGCGGCGCCGUCCUCGGAACUAUGAUCAACAUGGCUGUCGCGGAUAUUCUUGGUCGCAAGAUGACCAUCUUCUCCGGGUCUGUGGUCUCGCUCCUCGGUUCGGCUCUGCAGGCCGGAUCCACGUCGAUGGCCAUGCUCAUUGCUGGCCGGUUCAUCGGUGGUGUGGCCGUGGGCAUGCUAACCAGUACGAUCCCGAUGUACGCCUCUGAGAUCUCUACACCCAAGUGGAGAGGUGCUCUGUCUGGCCUUCUCCAGUGGUUCCUCAGCUGGGGCUUCCUAGUGGCACAGUGGCUAGGUUAUGGAUGCUCAUUUUCCAAGACAGACUUUUCUUGGCGAUUCCCCCUCGCCUUCCAGUGCGUCCCUGCCCUGAUCCUCGUGACCGGCAUCUGGUUCCUGAACGAGUCGCCUCGAUGGCUCAUGGAGAAGGAUAAACAUGAAGAAGCACGAAUCGUCCUCAAUAAGCUACGAAAAGGCGAGAAUGCUUCCCAGAUCGACCUCGAGUUUAUAGAGAUCCGAGACGUCAUCGCCGCCGACCGGGAGAUUGGCAAGGUGUCUGCCAUGUCCAUCCUCACAAAGCCCUCGUGGAGGAAGCGACUCUUGCUCGGAUGUGGAAUCCAGGCUUUUGGGCCCCUCUCUGGCAUCAACGUUAUCAACUACUAUGGACCUCGUAUCUACGAGCUCUUGGGCAUCGGCACACAGACCUCCUUGAUGAUCAUCGGUAUUAGCGGUGCUCUCUCCAUUGUCUACUGCACCAUCGGUCUCUGGAUGCUUGACAGAGUCGGCCGCGUCAAGCCACUCAUGGUCUCAGCUGCCUUCCUCGGUGCCUCUCUUCUCGUCAACGCCGUUCAAGCACAGUACAUCAACCCAGACAAUGCCAACCAACUACGCUCCAUGGUAGCUAUGAACUUUGUAUUCAGCCUGUUUUAUACUCCUCUGGGUAUCAUCUCCUGGGUCUACCCGGCCGAGAUCUUUCCCGUCGAGGUACGCGCCCUAGGUAACGCCAUCACCACGUUUACGAAUUGGCUUGUCAACCUUGUCUUUGCGCAAUUUUCCCCAAGCGCACUCUCCCAUAUCGGAUUUCGCUACUUUUACGUCUUCUUCGUCUUUAACCUCAUCGCCUUCCUCUGCUUUUGGCUCUUUUACCCUGAAACCAAAGGCCGCACUUUGGAGCAGAUGGAUGUCCUUUUCGGCGAUCAGCUCGUCCCUCACGCACUGGAUGACCCGGUUGGUGCUAUGGCUAUGCAGAAAGAAGCCUCAGUGUCGGCACAUGUUGAAGAAAGGCAGGUUUAA